AUGGAUGUAAGACUUAUUGAAGACUGGAAAUAUACAUAUCCUGAUAUAAGUAACGCAAAAGAUGGAGAUAUUGCUUGGACCCCUAGUCAGAUGCAGUUCUAUAUAUGGCGGAAAUUUCUACCGGACAAUCAUUAUGGUAUUCGUUGGUAUCUAAAUAUUUUAAAUUUGCCUAAGCAUUCACAAAAUGGUCCGUACAGGGUUCGUGUGUUUAUUGAUUUGCGAAAUGCAGAUAUCCAGACACCAUUAACAUCCCCAAAUUACGCUGGUUGUGUUUCCAGUUUUGCCCGUUCUCCUGAUUCCAGUUGUAUGACUUGUCAAGACGUAACUCAUAUGUGUGGUAGUGUCGAAUUAACCAGAGCAAUGAGAAGAUUAGGAAUUUCAGUGGAAAAAGAAAUUGACGGUGGUCAGAUCAGUGCUCAAAAUCCACCAGUCAAUCCAUUUAAAACAAUCGAAGAUCGCUUCAAAUUGGUUUAUGUUUCUGCAGCAGGAAAUGAAAUUAAGUUAGACAAGAAAUCCACACCCAAACUGACCAUCAGCUGGAUGGCAGUUAUUGAUGGUAUGACAAUUGCUGAUGAUGGGACUUUCAAAGCUAUGCAGAAUCGCAUGGUUCCUAAAGGUCCUGAACCUAAAAUAAAGAUUGUUGGAGCACCUACAGAAUCGCAGGUACAAAACUGA